UUUCUCGCAACUACAUACACACUGAGUGCUCAUCUAUGCGGGCCAAUCAAAUGAUAGAUGGAAGCAACAUGGCGUCGAUGUAACGUGUAAAAUACCCUAAAAACGCGAAACUUUACAUACCCGUAACUUCUGAACCGCUAAUUUCCUAAAUUAUAUAGACCUAUAUUUUUGGAUUUUACGGGUCGAAAAUUAUUAACUUAUAAAUAAAGAAUGUAAUCAUUUUACGUCCUUGGAGUCCAAGUUCAGUCCGUUUUUGUUCCCAGCGCCUGAAUUAUAUGUACAUAGUUGUAAUACAUAUAUAUAAAAAGUCGCUGCUUAUAUUGCAAUGUUAUUUUCAGAAACUGUAUAUCUUUUCAGUUGCGAUUUUUCGAGUAAAGGAUUAGUCCUAUCGAAAAAAUGAAAAAGACCUUUCUUAUGUACAAUUUUAAGACAAACAACUUUUGUCUAAAACAUUCUUUCGUAUCUGCAUUUGUUUUCGAGAAAUUCAAUAAAAACUGUUUUGAGGGUUGUUUCAAAUAUUAAACAACCCUUAAAAUACUAAACAACAGGGAUGGAGGAGUCAGAAAACCAUUUUGACCAAUUCUAGUAAAAUCCCCACUGUUAUCAAAGAAGUAUUGACCUUGUUUUUGCAUAUACAGGGUGAUCCUCUCGCUAGAGAACACAAAGGAACACGGGCGACAAUGGAUCCCAUGACCGCACCAUAAAGAGAUCCGUAUUGUCACGUGCUACUGGGGACCUACCCGGGCCAAGACGACUCUGUGUGUCUUCAUAGUGCGGUCAAAGGGUUCAUUGUCGCCAGUUCCUUUGUGUCCUCUAGCGAGAAGAUCACCCUGUACAGUGCUUGGACAAUAUUGAGAAUAAUUUUUUAGGAAGACAAAAUAUGUCAGCAAACACUUGGACCGUCGUGAGGUUUGUAGAAGACGGUACCAUCGAGGCUGUCCCGUCAGCUUGGGUGCGAGGAGAUUUAUGCCACUGGCCACCGUUGCACAGAAACGGCUUAACAGCCGCAAUUAAAAGGUCCGAGCCGGUAAAUUUAUCCUGGCCGACCCAUACCAUUCAAAUUUUUAAGCACGGCAUUUUUGAUACUUAUAUCAAAGCAAGAGAAAAAGCCAGGAUAGCGGAGGAGACUAGCGACCUUCAGUCAGAAGUUGAGACAAUGCGAAGACGAAAAAGGACUCGCAGAUUUGUCUCAUCGGAGAGCGAGGAAUCGGAUAGUGAUUUCCUGACUUUACCCUCGCCUCCACCGAUGCCGGAAGGGAGAAAGGAAAUGACAACGGUCGGCGAUAGUGCUGCAGGGAAUGCAACCGUAUCAUCCGCGGCAGCUACCACCGUAACAGCCACGGCAGGUCCCAGCAGUAGCGGAUGCAAUGAUUCAGAGAUGUGUAAAUGCUGCAGAGAGAGAAAUCAAUACCUGGAUACAUUAAUCGAGCAAAACCAUCUAAUCCGCGAAUUGUUAAUGGAUUUGACAGCUGACAUGAAGGAAUUAAAAUUAGCACACAAAGUUGGCUCUGUUACAGAACAGUCAGUUUCAUUAUAUUCUAGAUAUGAGGGACUGAAGUUCCCCCUUACGCGAGAAGAAGAUUUAUUGGUUUUAGAUACCUCCCUAGCAAAGGAGGACCAUUUUAAAGAUGCAGUUCAGGAACUAGCAAAAAUAGGGGGGGACAACAACUACCAAUUUGUGAAAAGGGUGUUGUCCUCAAUUAUAGACAACAACUUAGCUAUGAAAUACAGCUGGCUGGGAAGAAAGGGCAAGAAAGUAUUCUGCACCUUGCAUUUAGCUAGGUUGGUGAUAUCUGCUGCUGAAAUGGCAAACCUUGGUGAUACCAAAAGAACAACAGAGGUAUCAAUACAAAAUUGGCUGAGGAGAGCAUUUGACAGAAAUCAUGUAACCCCAAAAUAAUUUUGAACGAACAUUGUAUAUUAUCAACGGACUACGUUUAAAUAAGAUAUUAUUAUACUUUAAUUAAACAAUAUUUAUAACAUCUGUAAGGUAUAUAUAAGAUAUCUUUAGAGCAUUCAUAAGACAUCUUUAAAACGACUGUAAGGCAUCUGUCGGAUAUCGGUACGACAUCUUUAAGACAUCCCGUUUUCUAACAUAGGAUGUUAACAGGACGUAUUUCAGGCAUUCGCAGGACUUUUCAGAUAUUCGUAAGAUAUCCUCAAUAUCUGGAACAGAUAUCUUUAAGAUGUUCUAACGACGUCUCUGUGACGUUUGUACGACAUCUUUAAGACAUCCUGUUUUCUAACAUAGGAUAUUUACAGGACGUAUUUCAGGCAUUCGCAGGAUUUUUCAGAUAUUCGAAAGAUUGACCUUCCGUAUCUUCAAAACUACCCCUAUGCUCAACUUCAAUUUUUUCUAAGAUUAAUGUACCAUCAUAUAGAAUUGAUUGAUUGAUAUAGUUUGAUUUGAAAUUCGAGUGGGAAAAAACGUGUGUUUUUGGGGUGACUCUUUGAUACUGUCUGAGUUAGUUAGGUUUAUAUUUAUCUUAGAGAGAGUGUUAUAUGGACUUGUGAUAGAUUUUAUGAAAGCAAGAAGGAACUAACUGAAUAUUUAUAUAACAAAGACGUCACUGAGGGUAUGGACGUCCAAACAAUGUUGAUGUUAGGGGAUCUGGGAAUUAAAUUGGGAAAAAUAAUAUAAUUACCAAGAGUGAAGUUUCUGAAAUUUAAAAUAAAGGAGUGGCAAUAAGGAGGCGAAAACUUAUUUUGUGUGGAGUUUAAGACUUUAUAGGUUUGAGUAUGGAUAGAGUAUGGACGAAUGAGUGAAGAGGCAAAUAAAUGUAGUUUGUAUUUUAGCGCCAAUAAUGUUUGUGAGGCAAUAUAGGGGAAUUUUUUCCCCUGAAACGCCAUCUUGGGUUUUGUGCCCAAGAAAACUAAAAUUAGAAAGAGAGAGGGUACAGCCCAUGCAUUUGCUUAUUGCUUCUACUGUAUCAAUUUUAUGAGUAAUUUAAAUAAAGAUAGUGAUGGAACCCAUACCCAGAAAAUAGAAUCGAAUUGGCGGCCGGCAAAAGACUGGUUGAAGGAGAAGGAUUGUUUUCACGACGACGAAUUUGCCAAAAGAUUAUGCGAAUUCCUGUGACGAUGGUUUUGCAGUCAUGCGAUUCGAUAACAAUAUGUUUUUAAAUAAGAUUCUACGCAUCAAAAACUAUAGAUUAAA